AUUACCGAAUUGCACCGUACCGAACAAGGGAUACGGCUGGUCAAGCCAAAACCCAGUGCGUGAAUAGCGGAAAUCCAAAAAAAAAUAGGAGAAAAAAAUGGAUAUGGCUUUUGCACGGAUUUUUACUCCGUGACGGUGUGAGUUUUUCUAUAGAAAAUGUGGUACACGGGGCAUCCCAUAUUAGAUUUUGCCGCAAAACCUGGUCGUCGGAUUACAAAUUUGGCAGCAGAUUACUUCCGGUAUUUCCAUUUUCCAAAUUUCGCAACAGUCUGACCGAAGCGUGGUGAAUUCGAAAAGUUUAAUCUACCGUGAAUUUCAUAUUUCGUGCGUUUCGUUUUUUUUGGUCAUUUUUCCUCGUCACUUUAUUUACCUUUUUCAAUAAUUUACUUUUCGCCGAGUUAAUCACUCCGCGGACCGACUCAUCCGUCACCUGCGACAGACCUUCGUUCGGGACUUAAUUAAUAUCCGGGUUAGAAUUAUUGGCGAAUUAAUAUUCGGCAAAACGACCUUUUAUUAUCCUACUUGUAUACCUGAACCGACCGCGAGUUGCCACCGAUUAUUUCAGACUUUGAUGAAUUUUUUUACUCUCUGUAACAUAUGAGGUCGUCGUUUGUAACCAUACCCCAAGAAGUUUUUUCGUUGCGUUUUUUCAUUAACUUGAGAAAUUUGAGAUUUUUAGGGAUAGAUGCUCAAGAAUGACGGGUUAGGAUUCGAGUUUUAUUUCUCUUUCUUCUAUUUCUUUACGCUCUCUUGCCCUGAGUUCAAAUGUGGCCAUUUACCCUAACAAUUUACUCCUACCCAACGUUAUUAUACUUACCCUACCGCACAUGUUUUUUACCCCGUUUCAAAUAAAUUUUGUCUCCCGCAAAGGGGAUACUCCUACCUAGGAUAAAUCCGCUCACCUAGACUAUUGAAUAUUUUAAGUGAAAGGGUUAUCUUGCCGCGGACCUCGAUUCGCCGAAUAUCCCUACCGCAGGUUCAACCCUAAUAUUGCGCCCUACUAUAUGGCGUGCGGGGUAUUUUUGAACCCGUCUGGUUUUCCAACUUUGUUAAGUCCGUUUGAAACUCGAACGACCAGCGACAACCCCUAUCGUAUUUCUAGUAGAUUUUUUCGGGGGAGGGGGAGGGGUGAGAUACUUUUUCGAAUCACCCUGCGUACUUUUCACGGUCAAUUAUAUCGGGAAGUUCGACGUCAUUGCGGUAUUCCGUAUUCCGCCGGCGUUCGCCGGAUAGACGGACAUUCGCGACGCGAUGGGGUGAAAUGUAUUUGUAUAUUUUACUGUGUAGAGAUCUGUUUGAUUACAUUAUUCGUUCUAUUCUAUUAUUAACGCGGCGUAGUUAGCGGCGGCUAACUCUAGUUGGCAGCUAGAUAUUUCCGUUAUUUAUCCGUGACAUCAGCUUCCGCCCAGAAAUUCUUAAAUUCGUCGUCGUCGUCUCUCUCUCUCUCUCUCUCUCGAUUUGGUGGCGAUAUCGCCGGCGCUCGACCUUGGUCCGCGACGAAGAUCUCGUCGAAAAUUGGCGGAACAAAAAAUCGGCAAAUUGUCGCGGAGGGUUCGAUCUCGAAGCGAACGUCUCGUCGGUCUGUCGGGCGAAAGCGAUAAUUUCGAAAAAGUCUCUUUCGACCCCCCUGCGGCAGGUCGGGUGACCUUUGUUCGCCAGGACGUAGAAUCCUCAAUCGGUGCGGACGGAGGGUGGCGGUUCUUCGGCUGCAGAAAUGGGGAGAGUGUGAUUUUUCCUUUUUUUUUUUUUUCUUGUUUUUUUCUUUCUUACCGCACCUCGUAAAAGUUGAGCGACUCGAACUCGCACCAGUUGCGCUCCGAGUCGUUUCGCGGUCUGAGAUAUAUAAGUCGGUUCAGACCGUGGAGACGGAGAGGGAGAGUGGGAGAGAAGGCGAAAAAAACUAAAAAAAAAACGAAUAAAUAAAAAAGGCUGAUAAAAAUAAAAAAUAAAUAUACAAAAAAAAAAAAAAAGAAAAACUUUCAAACUUCACCGAUAAACGGAGCUCCGACACCCACUGAGCUACUUUUUGGUAAAGAAGAGAUUUUCGUCUGUACAUAUACCCGCCGAUUGACUACCCAUAUCGAGUAGAGGGGAUGGGGAGCGUCGGUAGCAACGCAACGGGUACGACGGGGGCGUCGACGACGACGAUGGGAUCUGCCAAGGUGGCAUCGGUCCCAGAGGCAGCGCCGACUCUCAGCGAAAGAGAACAGCUCAAGAUCGAGUUUUACAAGACUUACGACGUGAUGACCGGCGUCAGAAUCGCUGCCACCCUCGGCGGGUUCUUCGGUCUGAUGGUCCUUCUCGUUGUAUAUAAAAGCAGAUGUAAGUCCAGUAAACAGCUCGAAGACCCUCAAUUGACCGCAGCUGCUGCAGCUGCUGUCGCGGAAGCUGAAGCCGAAGAACAGGCGUUAGCAGCAGCCUUGGAAGCGAUAGCCAGGUUACCACCUAGGCCAGAUCGUGGCCCAAGACGUUCCUUAUGCGUCGAGGCGAGUUCGUCACGCGCGACCUCCGUACCGAGGUUCGCGUCCGUCGGGGGUGGCGGCGGUUACGACGCUCUUUUGGCACCCCCGAUGCGACAUCCGCAUCUUUCGCUUCCGGGUGAUCAUCGUCGUUGCAGUUCCGUGACUUGCAGCAGCACGGCGAGUAGUUAUCUCGAAAGGAGGGGUUCGGCGAUGACGAUGCCCUGCCUUCCGCCACCCCCGAGGUUCCCUAAGCACGCCGUCUACGACGAACCUUGGGAUCUGUACUAUCCGAUCGACAUUCAGGUGAUCCAGCCAACUCCAGACAUGUCCCCGUGCGGAAGUGAGGCCGGUCUUUACGCUGGAGCAAUGGCGAUGGGUCGUACCUCUGGUCGAAGAGCACCUUUGGCUUCCAUGGGCAGCGUGGAUCCCCCAGAUCCAGAUUCUCGAUCUCUGGGUUCAGAUUCGGUCUUCCUUGACGAGGAUGACGUUGACGUUGACGUUAACGUCGACGUGAACGCAGACGCUGGCGAAGACUGCGACUGCCUCGACACAGAGGAUGAAGUUUCAGGUUUUUCGACCGACUCGGAUACGCCCGGGCCAAGCUGUCGUAGAUUCCUCAGAGUCCCACCUAGGAGAAGACAGCUCCCCGAAAGGUGGGAUGGCGCAGCUGGAUGCGUUCCUAGACGACGAGCGAGCGCUCCACCUAGACCCUGUCGAACAUGCCUUACGAUCAGCGCUUCCGUCGAGGCGCCUAGAUCGCCACCUGCGUCAACGACAAGCAGCAGCAACAGCACCGAGUCACCACCUCACACACCGCCGAUCGAGCUGAGGCAUCGUCCUCCGGUAACUCUGCCAUCCGCACCGCCCGCCUGGUCCCAGGAGACACUUUUUUAACUACCAACAUUUACUCAUUAGGAAUUUUGCAGGGUCGAGUUUAGACUAUAAAGAAAAAAAAAAAAAACAAACAAAAACAAUCAGAAUUAUCUAGUACGUUUAAGUAUUUAUACGUACGUGUAUAAGAGUAAUAGAAGAGGAAAAAAAAAAAGAAUUUAUAUAAACAAAAAGAAAUACCAAAAAAUAUAGAGAUAAAAGAAACGUGUAUUAUCCUCAGAUGUACAUAGAUGCGGUAUAUUUACGCACACCGAAUUUCGAGGGGCGGGUGAAAGAAAGGUGAAGAAGAAUAAAUCAAAUUAUAUAGUGAAGUGAGUCGAAUGGAAAAAUAACGCUUGGUAAAUUAUGGGGAAAAGCGCCGCGGUGUUUGGCUGACAAUGAGUAAAUGUGCGAUUCUCUCUUCAUUAGUUCGAGCCGACCUUCAAAUUGUACAUUCUUUUUUUAUCAGAACAACGAGAUAAGAUAACGGUAAAACGAUUACCCUAUCAAUUUCUUGCGGCAACUACGGAACGCGCUGAAAAUCACAAGCCCCCCAAAAAAUCGGAGAGUUGUUCUCUCUUUUUUCAGUUUUAUUCAUUAAUUUUUUAUGCUACAUCUAAUUGCAACACAGGGACGUUGAUUUUUCGAAAAUUCUCCUUACCGAUAUCGUGAGCCUUCCGUAAAGUAUUACAAGAGUUAAAAAAAAAAAAACAAAUUCAUAUUGUUGCUUUUAUAUAACCUGUUAUAUUAUAUAUACAUGUAUAGGCGGUCUUCUCCGUAUAAUUGUGAUAAUUUUAGUACAUAUAGCUCCCUGUAUCUAUAACGAACCUAAAUUCGAUCCUGCAGGAUAUGUUAGAUAUAACGCUUGUAUAAAAUAUAUGGGGCGGCCUUAUGGUGUGUUAAUUAUAAAACGCUGAACAUGGACCUUGACGAUUCAACAACUAAUAGGUAUAUAAAUUUAUUUUUGAAACGAAUAAAUUAUCUCCGAUAAUAUUGAUUUAGCGAAGAGGUGGAUUGGAAAGUUACGGCUUAAUGGGAUUGAAAUACCUCGUAGACUGUCGACGUCGUUCAUCCUUGAUGUAGGUAUGAUAAAAACGAUAGUUUCAUAUUUUAUUAUUAACCAAAAAAGAGAAAAAAAAAAAAAAAGAAUCGUCCAGGUCGAGCUGGACGUCCCAAACGUUAUCGUCUAGCGUCGGUUGUUAAGACUGUUUAAUAAAAUAUACAAAACAACACACCCAUACGCAUCGAUACGCAUGUAAUAAAAAGGAAGUGAAGCAAUCCUAGACGAAGAUGCACCGGCAACGAUACGAGUAAAAAACCCAAGAUCAAAUAUAUCUAAAGUCGUUUUAUGUGUUGGUGCGACGCGGUAGUGUAUACCUGUUCGGCAGAAUUGUUCGUUGGCAGAAGGAUAAUCAAAGAAGAAUAAAAAAAAACAGAAACAAAAGACAAAGUCGUAGAAAAAUUUGCAAUACACAUACGUAUGUGUGAUACAAAAAAAAAAAAAGGAGUGGACGAAAAAAAUAUGUUAUCGUCCAAAAUUUUUUCGCCCUGGCAGCCAGUAGAAUUUUAUUAUAAACGCGUGUGUGGUUAGUUAUCCAAUAUCACCUCGAACGUUUGCGACGGCUCUAGGAUUCUUGCGAUAUCUAUAUUUCUUGAAUUGUUUUACCAAAAUUUUUUUCUUAUCCCUUGUCUCGUGUUGACUUCUCAUUAUCGAUGAACGAGAAAAAAAAAAGCGGAGCGCGUUUCAUCGUCUAGUUUUACCUUUUUGGUAUAUUUUUCUCCGAGGGAUUUGUUCUGCCGAUUCUAUGGUUUUUCGUUUUUCUUCGAGAGGAGAUCGGGGAAGGGAGAGGGAGAGGUGAAUUUUCGUACGCGUGAUUUGCACCGGAUAAAAGGUCUUACCUCGGAUCGUUCACCGCAGUAUUCCCUCAAGCAAUGAGCGGAAAAUAUGCCCCGCGAUAGAUCGCUACCCAUUCACCGCAGAACGGAAUUCGACGCUCGAAUUAACACGGUAAACAUCAUUUUUACCGAAGGUAAAUUUCGACGAAAUUAUGUCGUACAUCACUCGUGUGUACGGACACAGGAUGAUAAAGUAUGCAUGUGAGACAGCGGCCGGAGAAAUAUAAACUUUCCAAAACUUAGCCACUAUAAAAUUCGGCCCAUGGGGGUGGGAGAAAAAAGAAAAGGAAACUUCAGAUUACGGCUCGUUUGGUAGCCAGCGUAUGUUGUCCAAAAAUAUUUUCAAUAAUGCCAACAUCGAGUGGAGCGUAUAAAGAUACGAAUGUAAGUGUAAUAGUUAUAGGUGCAGCUAUACCUUGUACAGUAAGAAGGCUAAACGCCGCGCCAGCUGGAAUCUGAGAGCUGUUCGAUAUUGGAAAUAUUUGAUAUUGCGGUCGCGACUACGCCUAUCUAGACGGGAUGUGGUACAUCCGAAGGGGAAAAUUUUUAUCUCUGUACAUCGUGAUGUAUAAAGGCGUCUGAUGACAUUGCAGCCCUGCAUAUACUGUGUACGUACGUACGUAGAUACAUGUCGUAGCAAUCUUGAAUAUCCUUUUUCAAAAAAAAACCGAGCGUUCCAUUAUUUGGCCUGAAAAUUGUUUGCCACACAACGUUUUUCACUCUACUCGAAUUUCCUUACAUAAAUUCCGUUGAAUUUUCAUUCGAGCUGCACCGUAACUGAAAAUAAAAAAAAAAAAUAAAAAAGAGAGAGAGAAAAAUAAUUUGCACCCCGGUCGAUUAUAGCUGCGGCGUUAUAUAGCUAGUAAGUCUAUCAAAAUUGUGGUUGGUAGCUGCGGUUUACUUGCGCUGUACGAUAGAAACGAUGUACACGUUACACAGUGUAUUACCUAAUUCGUUAAAUUAAAUUCCAUGGCGAAGAAAAUAGAAGAAAAAAAAAGGAAACAAAUUUGCACUCCAUUAUAAUCAUGGCUCUAAAAUUUACUCUCUCGCUCCUCGUUUUAUUUUCAAGUUUCACCGCUGCCCCGUAAAGAUUUAGGUAUCGAAAUUUUUGGACUCAUAAAAUCUGUGCUUCAGAAAAUCAACUUCUUGCCUAGAGAAUAAUUUACAAACGGAUAGAACACAUUGAAUAAUUUCGAAUCUUAGAGCCGUCGAGUCGUCAGCGUUUGAGGUAUUAAUGUUAGAUAUGGUUAGGCAGCGAGCAGGAAAUUCCUAAUCAAAGAAAAGUAAAGAUUAUAAUAAUAUAAUGAAGAGAAUUAAAAAAAAAAAAAAAAAAUCACUAUAAUAUGGAAAUAAGUAAUUAUUUUUAUACAAACGUGAUGAUAAUCAAAGCCGCUUUCAUCCCGGGUCGGGAUGUCGCGGCAGCCUACUUAAAAAAAAAAUUGAAAAAAAAAAAUAAUAACCUAAUAAUAAUCAAAAAAGAAAAAGAAGAAAAAACGCUACAUUGAUAAAAUAAAAAUCAGAAAAAAACACACACACACACACACAAAUAAAAACAAUAUAUUAUGCUAACAUGCGUGUAAAAUAUGAUAUAUAUACAUCUAUAUAUAUAACGUUAAACAUUUAUCGUUAAGUGUAAAUUAUUAAUAAUAAAACUAAUAGCGAUAAUAUUAACAACAAUUAUAAACGACGAUUGGAGGGGGAAAAAAAUUCAAGUAAAAGAGACAAAAAUAAAAAAAAAAUCGCAAUCAAGUAACGUGUAUAGGUAGUUAGGUUCACCAAUAUUAUUGUUAUUGAUCGUAAAUUACAUUGAAUUAUAUCAUAUUGUAAGUGUAUAAAAAUAACUUUGAUUAUUAUCGGAUAGCGAUCGGUUUACAGUAUAGUAUACUUAUCCUGUGAUUAUCGAUAUACAUUAUACAUACACAUGCAAUACCUUCCACAUGUCAAUCCGUUGUAAGAUGAAAGAGAAAAAAAAAAUAGAAAAAGCAUAAAAAAGAAAAACUGUUAAAAAAGAAAAAAAAGAAAUCGCAGACUAUGAUUUCAACGAUAAUAUUUUAUAUUAUCUGCUAUACGGUCGUUACAUACGUGCAUGAAGAGAUAUGCACGUCAUUAUAUCCGCACCCGCAGGGCUGAUCCUCGUAGUGACCUGCCAUGCAAUGGGUAUAAAUAUAUACUUAUAAAAGUAGAUGAAUAAAUUGAAAGAUUGAAAGAUCGAUAAAUAUGAAAAAUAAGGACAAAAUUUGAAAUUUGUUAAAAAUAAGCGAGUUAAAAAUGAUGAAUAAAGGGGGAUAAGGAAGGGAAGUGAAGGAAAAUCAUGUGCACGUACGUACCUGCAGCGUAUUUCACGGUAUAUAUGUUAUACAUUAAAUAUUAUAAAGAGGAAUAUAUAUAUAUAAUACAUAGAUAUAUAUAUAUAUAUAAAGCGAACAAUAAAAAUACGAAUUGUAUGGAUUCUAUAUAAAAUGAGAGUAUAUUACGUUAUAUUCGAUGUGUAUUCGUGUAUCUUGUGAAUUGCGUGUAAUGUAUGUCUCUGUAACUCUUCGUAGUAGGUACUAUGUACUGUUAAAAAAACGAGGACUGGCCGAUCAAACGACCAUCGAUUUAUUUUCUCGUUGUCUCUUUUUUUAUUUCAAUAAAAUUACACAGGUUAAAUAUUUAUUCAACGAAUAAAUGAAUGAACGAAAAAAGACCAUUAUAAACCUUCAAUUUUUGCAGCGCACCGCCGUGAGGGAUGUGUAUGACUUGAAUUUGAAAAUUUUCUAGCCAAGACUACACGAAUUGAAUAUAUAAAUUUAAUACCACCUUUAUCGAUUGUGCGAUUCGGUGAUCGGCUUCCCGUUUCUGUUGCGUUUCUCUGUUUGAUAAAAAUCAAAUUUCAAAGAAGAAUAUAAUAAUAAUUGAUAACGAUAAUAAAAAUGAUAAGAAAGGCAACUAUCGUUCUGUAUAGCGAGGUCUGUUAUAUACCUGUAUUGUUAAUAUUACAUAGCUAGGUGUACAUAUUGAUAAAAUAUGAAAAUAAUAAUAACGAUGAGAAUAAUAACAAUAGUACAGUCUAAUAACGUAUUAUGUAUCUAACAAUCAAGAAAGAAAAAAAAAAAAAGGUAAAAAUUACAGUAAAAAUGAACAAAUAAGAUAGCGAGCUGAUAAGAAAAUGAUUGAAUUAUACCUAUUAAAAGAACGCGAGCUUUUCAUGCUUUUAUAUAGAAUAUUAAAUUAUAUACGGUUACUUUAUAUUUUACUAAUUCUGUAAGAUAAUUAUCUUGUAAAUUCGUCGUAUUGCGCAGGCAAUAAGAUUAUAUUAUUUAUUUUUUUCCAAAUUUGGAAACAAAAUGUCAUGUUACACAAUUAUCGUCCCAUUAAUUACGGAUUUGUUCGAUAAUUUUGAGACAGAUUUUAGCGAGUGGCGGCGGGGUCAGGGAGGGGGGAGGGUGCAGUUAAUAUUUGUGCAAAUAUUGCAGUUGGAAAUCUAAUGAUGUACAAUAAAUUUGCGUUAAACGAGAGUUAGCGGCACAUGUUUUCACAUUAUUAAUCUUAGACUCUGUAAGUCCUGCCGCCUGUUUUGCACAAUUAUUCGAGUCUAUAGAUCCAGCUUUUAGGUUCCGCAGCUGCUGUCGCGCGGUAAUCUACAGUCCACGAUAUCAGACUUGGGUGCUAUUAAUUUUACCCUGUUUCAAAACAAGCUUAGAAAUUCACGUGAUUCACUGGCGUUCUAAUCUACAAAACUUUCGUUUGCAUCCGACGCUUCGCCAGAUAUUAUAUUAUACACAGGUUAAAUACCUGUAUAUCGUAUAGUAUAUUAUUUUGCCAAAAUCGCGUGCAAUGCGCGUGCGGUCGUCGCCUGUAUAUCCGAUCUAGAGUGACCGUUAAAACCACUUGUUAUGCUCUCACGUCAUUCGAUAUUCAUGUUACGUUCACCAUGAAGAUAUUGUAUAAAUUGCCGGAAGCAAAAGAAGAAAUUAUAUGAAUAAUUGAAUAAAUGCGAGAUUAAUCAUGAUUUGAUUUUCUCAUCUUACCAUCGACGUAAUUACGUCUACGUAAGUGAAUUAUUUCGCCGGAGCAAUAAUUGUUCUCUAUUUUUCCCGUAUAAAUAAAAUAUUAAACAUACCUUGUAGCGUGUAGGUACUUAAAAAUUAAAAUAUGUUAUAAAUAUAAUCUGGAAUUUACUUACGUUUUACGAUUAGUCAUUUGCAGGGUGAACACAUACUAUUUAAAGCAUAUAUGACAUAUAUAGUUACACACCUAUACCUGUAUGUAAAUAUAUAAAAUUGAAGUCGGGUGUCUUGACUUUAUAAGGAGCUUCAACUCGCAAGUGCUGCCGAAUUGCCAAAUGUAACAAUCAAAUACACUCUAUACAUGAAAAUUCUACGACAAAAGAAAAGAAAUAUUAAAAAUUAAAAUAAUUAAAUCAGAAAUUUAGGUGAAGGAAAGAAGGGAUGUUGUAACAUUAAUAAUAAAUGAAAGAGAAUUGCUCUGUGUACAGCUCUCGUGUUUAAUGUAUACUUGAACAUAAGUAUAUAUACAUAUUAUAUAAAAAUACCACAUCAUUAUAGAUGUUACAAAAAAAAAAAAGUAAGAGAUAAAAAAAUACUAUUUUUCUUCGUGCCUUUCUAUCGCACAUCUUCCAUCGUCGAAUUAUUAUUAAUUUUUAACAUACUUUAAUUUAAGCUAUAAUAGCUGCAGCUGUUACCGAAAAACUUUACAUUUCUCAUCGCCGUUACACUCCUUCCAUUCAACUUUUCCAAAACCACCACCGUCAAUUUAUUCCAUUAUUUUAACCACCACCACCGGAAAAAAGGAGAAAAGUUACUCGUAUAAAUAAAGAAACAAAGAAAUAAGAAAAUAAAAUUGAUAAAAAUAAUGAAAACGGAUGAAAUUAUCCUGCCGACGCGGUAACUGUACCUGGCAGGAAUAAAUUCUUUAUAAAUUAUACAAAAAUAUUAUAAUAUAAUGUCAAUAAAUCUUGUCGAUUAAAA